AUGUUCAUCAUCAACUGGUUUUGGGACAUCCUUGCCCAGCUUGGUUUGGCGCACAAGAACGCCAAGAUUCUCUUCCUUGGUCUUGACAACGCCGGUAAGACCACCCUUCUUCACAUGCUCAAGAACGACCGUCUCGCCACAUUGCAGCCCACUCUUCACCCAACUUCCGAAGAGCUCGCAAUCGGCCAAGUCAAGUUCACCACAUACGAUCUCGGCGGGCACCAACAGGCACGUCGUCUGUGGAAGGACUACUUCCCCGAAGUUGACGGUAUCGUCUUCCUUGUCGACACCCAGGACCACGAGCGAUUCGCCGAGGCCCGCGCAGAGCUUGACGCUUUGCUCUCAAUCGAGGAGCUCUCAAAAGUUCCCUUCUUGAUUCUCGGUAACAAGAUUGACGCUCCCGGUGCUGUUUGCGAGGAGGAGCUUCGUCAGGCUCUCGGGCUCUACCAGACCACUGGUAAGGGCAAAGUGCCGCUCAAAGACAUCCGACCCAUCGAGAUCUUCAUGUGCUCCGUUGUUAUGCGUCAAGGUUACGGCGAGGGUUUCCGAUGGGUCUCGCAGUACAUCUAG